ACUGAGGUCCCGGAGGGAGGGGUCUGCUGAAAACGAGCGGGGCGGGAGCUUCGCUCGUCCGAGCCUUUGUGUUUCAGCUCUAAUAUCUCACAUAUCAAUAAUUCAGCGCGCAAGCAGACGGACCCCGCGCUAUGUAUUCAACUGCGCCUCGACUAGACAAGGGCCUCGUACCGCUCGCGACUGGUUAUUCGAUUACGGAGUGAGCAAAGAAAGCGGGGAGCUCGAGCCGAGAAGGGUUUGAAAGAAGUUACAGUAACGUGGGAAACAACUGGUAAAGGGAACUCCUCGUCAUUUUCAAUAAGAAAAGGGAAAAUCAAAACGUUGUUCUGUUCGCUCCUGAGAGACCAAGAUAAUACUCAAAUGAGAGCUUUGAAUUAGCAAAGGGGGAGUUGGUUAUUUAAAAGUACUAACAAUAAGAAAAGCUUCUUACUCUCCACGGACUUCUGAAAACACAACCCGUUUCUUCCCGGGACACAGCGACAAAGUGCAUCUUGAAGUCGCAGUCAUGUUGACGUUCGUGCUGGGCGCAGUGUGGCUAGUGACUCUAGUGAACGCUCAGAACGAGACGGAACCCAUCGUGCUAGAGGGGAAAUGUCUUGUCGUUUGCGAUUCCAACCCAACUUCGGAUCCCACCACGACGACGCUCGGGAUAUCGGUGCGCUCUGGGAGCGCCAAAGUGGCUUUUUCAGCCGUGAGAAACACCAAUCACGAGCCCUCGGAGAUGAGUAAUCGGACUAUGGUCAUCUAUUUCGACCAGAUACUCGUCAACGUUGGAAAACAUUUCGACGAGGAGAGGAGCAAUUUCAUCGCCCCGCGCAAAGGAAUAUACAGUUUUAAUUUCCACGUGGUGAAAGUGUAUAAUCGUCAAACCAUGCAGGUGAGUCUGAUGCACAACGGCUGGCCAGUCAUCUCGGCCUUCGCUGGGGACCAGGAUGUGACCCGUGAAGCGGCCAGCAACGGCGUUCUGAUCCAGAUGGAGAAAGGGGACCGGGCCUACCUCAAACUGGAGCGCGGAAACCUGAUGGGUGGCUGGAAGUACUCCACUUUCUCUGGCUUCCUGGUCUUCCCCAUGUAGGGAGGAAGGGGAGGAGGAGGAGGAAGAAGGGGAGGAGGAGGAGGAGGAGGAGGAGGAGGAGGAGGAGGAGGAGGAGGAGGAGGAGGAGAACCGACAGACUUCUUCAGACUGCCUGUCAGUCCAGCAGAUUGGGAGACUGUGGAAAGAGCAAUAGAGAAAGAGAAACAUAGGGAGAGCAUAGGAAGAGAGAGCAGAGCGAUAGACAUGUUGGCAGAUGACAGAGAUGGAUGGUAGUUGAGAGGGAAGGAUUAGGAUGAAUGAGGAGGUGAGAGAUGGGAGGAAGGUGUAUUUAGUCCAAGCAGGCGCUCUGACACAUUCACUCAGUCCGCAGCCUGACUGCAGCUUUGGACAGCCAAAACUUUUUUAUCCUCAGAAAUACAAUCAUU